UGCUUACAUUAGUCACUAGAUACAGUUUAGCCAAGAAUAUGUGCAUAGGCGUUAUAACAUUUUUAUUUGGGACAUGGAUACUUUUUACCUUAGGAUCAAUCAGCUAUUUUGGAGGACCAUAUUUCAAUACUGUAAAAAAACAACUACAACCUUUAAGGAAAAAUGCGUCUGAAAAGCAAUUUACCAUUUUAUUUCAUGCUAUACCUACCUGGUUUGAUCCUAAAACGUUCAAUGUUGAUGAUUGUAGUUACAAAAACUGCAAAUUAAUAACAGACAAAAAGCUACUUUUAACAAGUGAAGCUGUCAUCUUUCAUCACAAUUCAUUCUCAACAUUGCCUGAUAAGCCAAGUGGUCAAAUAUGGAUAUUUGCUACUCUCGAGAGUCCAUAUCAUACUCGUGAGUCUAAAAAAUUGCAGAUGAAAUUUAAUUGGACAAUGACAUACCGAAGAGAUUCAGAAGGAUUUUCACCGUAUGGAUUUCUGAGGAAACAACUCCACAAACCUGUAAAAAAUUACAACGCUAUAUUCAUGAAUAAAACAAAAAGUAUUGCUUGGGUCGUGAGCAACUGUCGAUCUCCUUCAAAGCGACAUGCUUAUGUGAAAGAAUUAUCGAAAUAUAUUGAUGUUGAUAUUUACGGAGGAUGUGGGAAACCUUGCUUAUUCGAAGGAGAAGAUUGUAAAAUACAUCUAAGUAAAAGUUACAGGUUCUAUCUUUCUUUUGAAAAUUCAUUAUGCAAGGACUAUAUGAGUGAAAAAAUCUUUAGAAUGUACAGUGAUAGUAUAGAUUUUAUUCCAAUCGUUCGAGGUGCUCCUAAUGCGAAAGACUAUUUGCCACAAAAGACAUAUAUUUCAACGUCUGAUUUUCAGUCACCACAAAAACUGGCGGCAUUUCUUAAAACUAUAAGCAGAGAUAAAACACGCUAUAUUUCAUAUUUAAAAGAAAAACACAAAUAUUUGGCAGAUAAAAAAGAGAUCUUUUACUUGGGAUUAUGUGAUAUAUGUUAUCAUUUAAAUGUUAAAAAACAAAAGUCUAAAACCAUCGAUCUACAUAAAUGGCUAUGGAAAAAUCAGUGCCAUAUGCCAAAUGACAUACAUGCAGAGAUGGGUCUGAUUACUUUCAAUGUAAUUCAUUAA